GCAGUCAAACACCCUUGUGCACUUUACAUGGCAACACAACCAUAAAUAACUGGCUGUUUGGCACAGUACAUAUCGUUCAAGCCUCUAGAAGAUAUUCAGGCAUUCUUGGAAAAUAAACUUUAUUGUAUUGAAAUUAAUUUAAAUUGCAGUCACAUUAUUGGUCAGAAAGCUGCAAUUAGAUAUUUUCCCUAUAUUUUAUUUCCCUAAGCCCUUGUUUGUUCUCGUUUAUCAGUACACUAGAGAGUCAAAGUCAAACCUAAACAGGAGGACUAUUCUACACCAAAAUGAUGGUAAAAGCUUUGGUGGGGAAACAGAUUUUCUUGGGAUCACAAAGAGGGUGACUAAAGUACUUAAACGUGUUUGGCGUAGAUCUAUUUUUCAGCAGAAAGUUAAUUGGAUUGUGUUUGAGCUGCUUUUUACAUCUGGUGUGUGUCAACAAACUAGAUGCAGACUUUGUGCGGGUGAAAGUUUUGUGUAUGUUACAACCUACUUCUCAUAGCCCUGCUAAUUAUUUUAAAUACACCUCAGUUGUUCACUUUCGGUAUUUCUCCUUUUGGUGAUGAAAAUCUUAAGCCAUAAAUUGGUCAUAUCUCAGAUACGUACUUCACACCCGAUACGUAAUGAGGAUUGAUUGAGGAACUUUUCGGCAGCAGCAGUUACAGUGGCAGGUUGGUAUGAGGGCGUGGAGAGGUUCUUGGCUCCGCUCCAGGCUCACCUGUCCUCACAGCCACACCUGGAGGAAUGUGGCAGGUAGAGCAGCAAACGGCAGUCCCAUCUGUGUGAAAGGAAGAGUGAAGCACACGUCUGACUGCUAAGUGGAGUUCUUAAGGAUUUAAAGCAUCUUUGGAAGAGGAAUAUUGAGAAUUUAGUGGCUGGGCGUUCAGGAGCUCACGGAUCGCCUGUGCAUUUUGGAGCGCCUCGAAGAGGUUCUGGAAAGCGAGCCAGGCCAAUGCCAGCACCAUGAGCGGCCUACAGUGAGCCGAGACACCAACUACAGCAGCUACACAGAUGUUUCGGAAAAAAGCCUCAUCCUCCUUGAGAAUGCGGAGAAUUUCAGAAAGCAAUAGAUGGAGCGUGGACCGGGGGCGAAGCUCCUCUUUCCAUGAGGUGGGUGGCGCGCGAGAGCCGGAGAUGAGGGCGGCAGCCUCCUUUUCCGAAGAUACCUCGGCCAGUGGUGGCAGCGGUGGAGGCCACACUGUCCUGCAACGUCUCUUGCAGGAGCAGAUGCGGUAUGGCGAAAGCCGGAACUACCUCGCCUUGCAACAACAGCAGCAACAACAACAGCAGCAGCAACAACAGCAGCAGCAGCAAGGUCCUUUGAGUGGAUACCCAGGUCCUGGAGGCCCAGGGGACGAGCACUCCAUGGUCCCCCACAUUGCACGGCAGGAGCCGCAGGGCCAGGAACUGCAGGCGGACAGUGGCAUGGAGAAGCAGCUCAACCCACGUGCUGGAGGAGGUAGUGGUGGGACAUCAGGUGGCGGCUGCAUCACCGGCCAAGGGCUAAACCCUGAGGAUCUGCCAUCCUAUGAAGAGGCCAAAGUGCAGUCACAGUAUUUCCGUGGCCACCAGCCACCACAGCCACAGCAGCCACAGCUUGGUGCUGCCUUCUAUGUGACCGGUGUCUCUAACCCAAAGGUGCGGCCUCCGGAGGGCCGGCCUGCAGUGCAGCGGGUUAGUGCAGGCAAGGUGCAUCAGGAUGAUGGGCUUAAAGACCUGAAGCAGGGCCAUGUGCGCUCACUAAGCGAGAGGCUCAUGCAGCUCUCAUUGGCCACCAGUGGUGUCAAAGCCCAUGCACCGGUCACCAGUGCCCCACUCUCACCUCAGCUGCCCCCGCCUGGCCCCCCGGGAGACUACUACAAGCCUGCAGGACCACAGCACAGGGGCCCGCCACCGGACUACCCUUUUAAGGGCAUUCCCUCACCACAAAAACAGCAGCAGCACCACCACCACCAACCACAGCACCAGGAGCUGGGACACUACUUCACAGAGCAUCGGGCUGCAGGCCAGCAGGGAAGAGCAGAGGUGCCCCAUGUUCGAUAUCAGCCACCACCAGAGUAUGGCUCCUUCCGCUCCAGUAAGGAAAGCUCAGGCCACUCUCAGAGGCCCAUCCAUCACCACAGCCCAACCUCUUCUGUCACCUCAGUGGGCUCGCUGUCCCGUGCCCAGUCCUCCACCCUCAGCAGUAUCUUGGCCUCCUCCCAUCCUCCCCCACCCAUGACCCACCAGGGGGAGCUGCCCUUCCCUAUGGGUCCACGGAGCCCACAAGGACCGGGCUCACACCAGGGAGAUCCUUACGGCCCAGGUCACCCCCCACAACACCAGCGUGGCCAUGGCUUCCCACAUGAUCCCUAUGGCUCAGCCCCCAGGGGCCUCCAUAUGCACCAGCACCAGUUUCACCCACAAGGGCCCCAGCAGCAACAGCAGCAGCAGCAGCAGGGACCUGGGCAGCACUACCCUCACCCUCAUUCCAUCCAGGGUGACCCCUAUGCCAUGCUGGCCCGCGCCCAACAGAUGGUAGACAUGCUUACAGAGGAGAACCGACACCUCAAGCAGGAGAUGGAGGUGUGUGGAGAGAAGGUGUCCAAGCUGCACAAGAUGGAGUCUGAAAUCCAGCGGGUGUCGGAGGCAUAUGAGAACCUGGCUAAGUCGUCGUCUAAGAGAGAGGCCCUGGAAAAAACCAUGAGGGACAAGCUAGAGCUAGAGGUGCGCAGGCUGCACGACUUCAACAGGGAUCUGAGAGAACGUAUGGAGACAGCCAACAAGCAGCUAGCAGCCAAAGAGUGCGAGGGCACAGAGGACAACCGCAAAACCAUCUCGCAGCUUCUGGCUCAGAACAAAGAGACUCAGCGGGAAAAGGAGAAACUUGAGAUGGAGCUGAACACGCUGCGCUCCACCAACGAGGACCAGCGCAGGCACAUCGAGAUCCGUGACCAGGCACUGAAAAAUGCUCAGGCUAAAGUAGUCAAACUAGAGGAGGAGCUGAAGAAGAAGCAGGUUUACGUGGAGAAGGUUGAGAGGAUGCAGCAGGCUCUGGCUCAGCUGCAGGCUGCAUGUGAGAAGAGAGAGCAGUUAGAGCACCGGCUCCGCACGCGCCUGGAGAGAGAGCUGGAGUCGCUCAGGAUGCAACAGAGGCAGGGUGGUCAGCAGAACCCUGUUGGCCCUGAGUAUAGCACCACAGCUCUGAUGGAGCACCUACGUGAAAAGGAGGAGAGGAUUCUGGCUCUGGAAGCUGACAUGACAAAGUGGGAACAGAAGUACCUGGAGGAGAGUGUCAUGAGACAGUUCGCUCUGGAUGCCGCUGCCUCCGUUGCCACACAGAGGGACACUUCCUCAGCCAUAAUCAGCCAUUCACCCAGCAGCAGCUAUGACACCUCAGUGGAGGCACGCAUCCAAAAGGAGGAGGAGGAGAUCCUGAUGGCCAACCGCCGCUGCCUGGACAUGGAGAGCCGCAUCAAGAACCUGCAUGCACAGAUAAUCGAGAAGGACGCCAUGAUCAAGGUUUUACACCAGCGUUCUCGGAAGGAGCCAGGCAGCAAAGCUGACGGACCGUCCACCAUGCGCCCCUCAAAAUCCCUCAUGUCCAUUGCCACAGGAACGGGCAGCUCCAGCGGCUCUGGCCUGCUUUCGCACUCAUUGGGUCUCAGCGGGAGUAGCCCCAUCACUGAGGAGCGCAGAGAAGACCGUAGCUGGAAGGGCAGUCUAGGUGUGUUACUGGGCCCGGAGUUCCGAGGCGAUUCUCUGAGGGCGGAGUCCAUCUCCUCCUCUCCGUCUCCUGUGCUGCCUUCCACUCCUAUGCCUGCCGCCACACACUCUAAGACAGGCAGCCGGGACAGCUGCACCCAGACGGAUAAGAGCCAGGAGACAAGCAAGCCCAGCACACCAGCACUGCAGAGCGUAGCAAACAACCGCAUUAGCAGCCCAAGUCCUGUGUACAUCCCUGACCGCAUCGCAGAUGUUCCAGUGUUCCACAGCAGCACUCUAGAGAGAAGAGCUCCCAUACAGUCUCUUCCUCAGCAACCCCUGCCUCAACCACCGCCACAGCAGGAUGUGGACAAUGAGAUGGUGGAAAUCCUCAUCUGAACUGUCUAACAUACACACACAUAAAUACAUAAAACAGGUGAAGGAUUCCUUUAUUCUACGGUAUGCUCUUUUAUCAGCUCUUUACUGGGGGGGGGGCACUAAUGGUGUGUUGAAAUGCACUACAUUUUUAGUGAUAUUUUAUGCCUUGUACAGAACAAAAGCCUCAGUAUACAAUGUCAGUUACUAUUAACUAACUUUUUUGUACAGUAUUCUCUGGUGGCCUUUUCUUUCUCCAGAGUUUAGGACCAAAUGUAUUGGUAACCAAUUUUGCAUUUAUUGCACUACUUUUUCCAUUUUAGCUUCCAAUGUUAAUUGUAGGUUAUAUUUUGUGUAGUGAACAUAUACCAAUGUUACAAUCUUGGCACUUGAGUAUACGAUGGCAUGGGAACUAGUGGAACAGUUGUUACAUGUAAAUACUGUAUCUAAAUACUGUAAGACACAUGUAAAAUAGAACUGAAUGUGUAUGGCCUUGGGAACUAAAACAGGCACUGUGAGGAAUGCAGUGUUGAAGAGAACUGGCCCAUCCAUGCUGCACCCACAAAUGCGUUCUUUCAUCAAAACUGUUGCAUUGUUGGUCAAGGUUCACAGAACAUGGAACAAAACCUCACUGGAUGUGAGAUCACAACUCUAAAUACCAAUAACUGUCUAAAUUAUUCACAUGAGACAGCUACAGUGUUGUGCUCUACUUUCAGUUGAGUCUCCAGUUUAAGAUAAUCUACUAUGGAGAGGCUGUAGAAACGAAGCUAGGCAGAUUGGAAGCAAUGACUAUGGAAUUUGCCACCAUGCUAAUUUUAAGCUCAAUAACACAACAGAAAAAAUACCCCCCAUCUGUCUUAAGAGUAUGACAGAAAUCUGCCCACUCGAUGUCAUUAUUUUGACAAAAACUGAGCCGAGCACUAGAACCUCUCACUUGUUUGAAUGGGAUUUUUGUCAGUUGUCUGUAAAGCUUUUUCAACAGCAACAGCAGCUACUAAAGAAUGCAUCUGUGGGCAGUGCAUAGAUGGGUCUAUUGGACCAACAGGAUGUUCUGUGCAGGUCCAGAAUCUUACAUUGCUGUGUAUGCAAAACGUCAAAUGACCCAACUGGUUUUGGGUUUGUUUGUGUAAGUGUGUGAUGUGAGAGAACUCUGGGUUGGGUUUUUUAAAUUUUUUUAUUUUUAUUAAAACCAGCACUACAAAGUGUCACCGCACCUUUCACAAAGUGCAUCACAUUUCUUAAUGUGGUAGAUGCGUGGGGUCACUUCAUAUGUCAGGCUUCGCAAAGUCUCUUGCCAUUUCAGUCUUUUUUACCUAAUGGUUACUAUGAGUACACUGUCUGCUAUGAACAGUACGGUUGGUUGUAGCCAGAGUUGGGUUGUGUAUGAGAGCUCGAGGUGUAUUUCACAGUGUUUUCACUUUCUCAGUUUUCCAGGGAACGCGUAAUAGACAUUUAGCUUUUGACCAAAGGUUACAGAAAAAAGCACAGAAAGCAGAAUGGAACUUUAGUUAGCAGCGCAUUGUGUAAUAUCUCUGAGCAUUCACUGCAUGCCAUUGCCUGCCAAAUGGAAGCAACGCUCUGGUACUGAAUCAGUAUUGUUUUGUGCAUACAGAAAUAAUGCAUUUGCUUAGGUCAUAUCCAUUUUUUAUCAUCAAUAAAAAAUACAGGACCAAAGAAAUAUUACCGUUUGGUCAACGUUAAGUGUCCAAGACAAGUUUACUGUGUUAUUAAAGCAGAUUUCUACAGGCCCUGAAAACAUA